ACAUAACUUUUAGCUGCUGCUUUACAUUUUAACCCCUGUCAUUUUAGCAAUUGCAAUUCAUUGCUAUUCCUUUAUUAUUUUUAUUUAUUUAUUUAUUUUGCCAAGGUGAGGCGAAUACCGCCUCGGCCUCCAAAUCCCUCCGCCCCUGUAUUUAUAGCGUCACUAUCAUGGACGCUUUCUUCAUGCGAAACAGAAAGUUGAUAUCAUUACGCAUUCUCAAUGAUUGCCAUCAUCGCAGUCGUCACGCUAGUUUAUUUCACCGAAUAUUCAAUGGUCGCUCGAAAGUUUGAGCAUCAAGGAACCUGCAGCUUUUGAAUUCAUGAGACCACAAAAUCCAAUUUGUCCUCCGACUACGUUCUCCACAUCAUCACCGACGUCACAUUAAUCUCCCUCCUCCGCCUAUAUAUAAAUCAAAUUUCCCCACUAAUCAUCACAACUCACUCACAAUAAGAGAGGAAACCAAAAGGAAAGAAAAAAAUGGAGGGAAGCCAUAGAAAACACUUCCUCAUAGUCACCUACCCGGCCCAAGGCCACAUAAACCCGGCCGUCUCCGCCCACCGGAAAAUGUUCCCCGAUCUCACAUCCGGGGACCAGGAAGUAGAUGACGGUGGCCCCGUGACCUAUUUCCCCUUCUCCGAUGGAUAUGACGACGGCUUCAAGUAUGGAGUCGAAGAUCACAACCAUUAUUUUUCCCGAUUCAAGGACGUUGGCUCAAAGAGCCUCUCGUCCAUUAUCCAUAGGCUUGAUUCCCGUGGGCGACGCGUCGACUGUGUGAUCUACACCUUCUUGCUGUCGUUGGCCGCAGACGUGGCCCGCGAGCACGGAAUACCGUCGGCCCAUUAUUGGAUCCAGCCGGCCACUGUUUUUGGAAUCUACUACCACUGUUUCCAUGGAUACCGGGAGCUCAUAGCUGCCAACUGUAGAGACCCCUUGUUUACGGUGGAAUUGCCGGGACUGCCACCAAUGCGCAUCCGCGACAUCCCGUCGUUCUUGACUAUGCCGAGCACUUCCGGUGAUCUCUAUUCUGCGCUCUUUACCACAGUGAAGGAAGCGUUCUUGACAUUGGAUAGCGAAUUCAAGAAGAGCAAGGAGAAGCCGAAGGUUCUGGUGAACACAUUUGACGAGUUGGAGCCCGAUGCUCUUUCCGCUAUCGACAAUAUAGACUUGAGACCGAGGAAAUCAGUUGUGUACGUCUCCUUCGGGAGCUUAGCCGUCCUAAGGAAGCAGCAAAUGGAGGAGAUUUUGAGAGGGUUGAAGGAGAGCGGAAGGCCGUACCUGUGGGUGGUGAGGAAGGAUUGUAGGCUCGAAGAGGUCGAGUUGGACAAGCUGGGGGAGAAUGCGAUGGUGGUGGAGUGGUGCUCGCAAGUGCGAGUGCUGACUCAUCCUUCAGUCGGGUGUUUCGUGACGCACUGCGGAUGGAAUUCGACGUUGGAGAGCCUGGCAUUCGGGGUGCCGACAGUGGGAGUGCCACAGUGGACGGACCAGGGGACGAAUGCGAUGCUUGUGGAGAGAGCGUGGGGGACCGGAGUCCGAGGUGAGGUCAACGAAGACGGUGUUUUGGAUGGGGAGGAGUUGAGGAGGUGCUUGGAUUUGGUCAUGGGAGAUCAGAACGAAAGAGGGAUGGGGAUUAGGAAGAAAUCAGAGCUGUGGAAGGAGAGAGCUUUAGAAGCUGUCGGUGAAGGAGGAUCGUCUCAUCGAAAUCUAAGCGCUUUUGCUGAUGAGAUUGCUACAUCUGAUCGAAACGGUUACUAGCUUGCUCAUACUCUGUGGUAAUGCUUUUAUAUUGUAGCUGAGCUAGCUUUCAUCUGUGGCUGAGUCAUUACCAUGUUUGUUUACUAGUGUAUUAUUUUCCCAAUAAAGAUCAUGAUGUUUAUGCGUG